AUGGUCAUUACUUUCCAUCACUCUGCUGCUGCUGCUGAUUUGAAAGUACUGCACUGCAUGGUGCUUUGCUUGCUGUAUUUCGUAUUUGCUUCAGCGCUGUGCUUAAGUCUUGCCUAUCCAUUGGAACACUACCCUUCAUAUGAUGGAGGUCAUGAAUACUCAGAGGGUAUUCAAGAAGAAAGUCACGACUACGGUCAUCCAAUUGCAAGAAUUUCCUUAGGCGAUCAUCAUUCAGCUGGUUAUGAACAUGAAGAGGAACAUGCUGUUGAUUAUUAUGCACCACCAAAAUACGCUUUCAAAUAUGGAGUAAAUGACUAUCACACCGGUGAUGUUAAGUCUCAGCAUGAAACUCGUGAUGGUGAUACUGUUAAGGGUCAAUAUUCCCUAGUUGAACCAGAUGGUUCAAUCCGUACCGUCGAUUACACCGCUGACAAACAUAAUGGAUUCAAUGCUGUCGUGCAUAAAACAGCUCCAGUUCACUCACACUCAUCAGAUCACUACUAAGAUGCUUGUAUAAACAAAUUAUAGAGACUCCUAGCCCCUUUAAACAA